CACCAUUACCAUAUUCAUACUUGGCGAGGUUGUGUCCGGUCAGACGUAUAAAAAGGCCACCGCUUUGCUUCAAUAGAAUCAAACAAACUCUCUGCAACAGACUAAAGCAGUUCUGUGUGUUCAAAGCAUCUCGUUUCAACCAGAAGAACAUUUUUUUAGAGCAGGAAAAUGGCAACUAACAACAUUGUCAAGAACGUCAUUGCCAAACGCUUGAUGUCGACAUCGGGCCAAACUACCAGAUACAUUUCUCCGGUCUCAACCCUAAGUCAAAUUAGUCAUAAGGUCAGUCCAUUCGAGCAGCGAUUGCUCGUAUGGAGCGGGCAAUUUAAAAAGAUUGCCGAUGUUCCCUCUCUCGUCUCACGCGAUACAAUGGAAAAGGCCCGCAAUCAUUACCGGAUUCGUGUUAAUCUCAUCAUCGCCGGUCUGACGGUUCUCGGCUCGUUCGCCAUGGUAAUCAGCGGAAAGAACGCAGCCCAUCGCGGGGAGAACAUCAACGACUACAACGCUGAAUGGCAUCGGAAAUACAACGAAGCCCACAAAUACGAUCAUUAAGUGAUUAGAAUAAAACAAUAUUCAUGCGACAGUCCACAUGAAAAGACGAAAGAAAGUGAAAUGUGAAAAAGUCAGGAUGUGAACAAAUUGACUGUUAGAUGUCGUGGUUUGUGAUAAUGUGCCCCAUUUCACUUAGAUUUCAGCUAUAAACAAUAAUUUUCUUACGCUUUUUUUGCCUUUUCUUUGAAACGUUAUGUGAUCGUCGUAACUGGUAUUAGUAGACAUGUGAGUCCUCUUUUUUCAAUAGGUAAUUUGAUUUUCAUUUUUUUCAAAUCAACUUGUCAUUUAAACAAAUCACGGCAUUCCCUGUUUUGUGUUAUUCAAAAAAAAAAAAAUGAAAUACAGUUGAAAGUUCAAAACGA